AACUAGUUUUUUGGGGUUUUACAUAAAAUUAUGACUAUUAAUGAAAACUUGACUUGUACCAUAUGAAAAAUUGGUUCUUAGAAAAAUUAUGAACUUAGGAUACAAAAUAGGUAGAAAUUUAGGGCUCCAGAUAGCAAAGAUAUAUAUCAUGGAAUGAAAAGGACAACUGAUGUUGAUUGACCUAGCCACAUUGACUUAAAACUGAGACUUAAUGCCAAAAUGAUACUUUUUCCCUUGAUAAUAGGUAAACCUCCAUGUUUAUGUUGGGAUUAUUCCUGAUCUUUAAAAAAAUAAGACUUGUUGGAUCUAUCAUUAUGACCUCAUUUUCCAGAAUAUUGACAUGACAUUCUUAAGAAGAAAAGUUAACUUUGGAUCAGUUUGAAGUUUAGAGUCAUCUAGUUUACUAUCAGAGGCCUAAUUAUACUUUCCCCUCCCCACUCCUUUAUAAACUGAUUUGGAACUUUUAUUCCUAUGCCUGUACUGUAGACUGUCUUUAAUACUGUUCAGAUGCUUUCACUCAAGAGAUCAGAAUAUGAGAGUCUUUGUAUUUCUGACCCCAGGCAAGGAUUAAGGAGCCAUACACCAGUACAACCUGUGAUGACUCAGCCUGCCUGGGGAGUCUAUGACAGGACCACUAUCACAACUAUGGCACAGACUCCAGGGGAUUGGAGCACUAGCCUCUUCAAUGUUUGUAGUGACAAAAAAAUUUGUUUCUGUGGUCUCUUUUGUACCAUGUGUCUUGAGUGUAACAUUGCACGGCAUUAUGGGGAAUGUUUAUGUUGGCCAUUAUUACCCAACUCCACCCUUGCAUUAAGAGUAGGCACCAGAGAGAGACAUAAAAUACGGGGCACUUUAUGUGAAGACUGGUUGGUUGUGCACUGCUGUUGGCCCCUUUCUGUCUGCCAGAUGGCUCGGGAACUUAAGAGGAAGACAACCCAAAUGUAUGAAGUUUGUGCAGCUCCGAGUUCAACUCAAGUUUUUGGGGCCUCUGGAACUAAAGAGUUAAUUAUUUAAAAGAAAUAUGUUUUUAUUUCUCCCCAAAAAGCAGCAAACAACUUGGUGUAUAAGAAAAAAAUGAUCACACUUUCUUUGUAAUUAUUAUACAAUGACAUAAUGUUAAAAAUAAACUAUUUUUCACAUUGUA